AUGAAGCAAGCGAAAUAAGCGCCCCGCCCCAAAAUGCGGAUAUUGAAGAGCGCAAUUUCCCAUGGUUCUCUCUCUUCAUCCUCCGCCAUUGUGGUGACAACAGUGGCGUCCCGAGAUGUCGUCCCACAAAACCUACAGGAUCAAGCGCUUCCUCGCUAAGAAGCAGAAGCAGAACAGGCCAAUCCCUCAGUGGAUCAGAAUGAAGACCGGCAACAAGAUCAGGUACAACUCCAAGAGGAGACACUGGAGGAGGACAAAGCUGGGCCUGUAAGCCUGAGGCCUGUGACACCCUUGGCAUCUCCAGAACUCCGGGCAGAACCACCACCACCAACUCCUCAAAGUCUGGAGGAAAAAUCCUGGCAUUUUGGAACAGCGGUCUCUUUGUACAGAAAUUGGGUUUAUGAUGACACAAUAAACCGUUUGUUUAAAACACCAGAAAA